AUGUUCAGCAAUAAGUCUGCCUGGUUUUCCAGCAGUGUGCCACAGGCACGUCAUAACUUUUGGAUAUUGGAGGGUGGGACUGUUGCUGGUUGGAGAACAGCAGAUUACCUUUUCAGUGAGGAUGCUGCAUGUGCUGAUACACUGAGGAUAUUUGAGAGCAAAGAUUGUCUUUGGAACAAGGUUGUGGUUUUUCACAGCUUGUUUCUGUCUGCCUGUGAGAAGCGGCAGAGUGUGAGGUCUGUGUGCAUUGGUCAUUAUGUGCUGCCUCCGGCCUCAGUACAGGAGGAGGUGAGACACGUGGUUGGGAGGUUGAUUUGGGAGUGUGAGGAUGAGCAGUCGGUGGCAAAGGGUUUCCAUACGAGUUUUACUAUCCAGACAGAAGAUGAAUCCUGUGAAGUCAGCAGAAGCGACUCUGAAGCACCUGACACAGAUGCAUCAGAAAGUGAAGCCCCUCUGCAUGCUCAUCAUCCAGUUAGUAACACGCUCUCAGGGUAUGUCAGCAUUGACAAGCUGCAGAAAUAUUCAGGUGAUCUGUGUGAUUUCCACCCCGGAUGUUUCAGAUGCUCCAACCGUAAAGCCCACUGCUGCCUGCCGCACGCAUAA